GCUCGCGCGCUGUGAUUACUUCCCGUGGCAAGGCAUGCUUUCACGGCUGGUUCCUCCUGUCCCAAUGAUGCAGGAUGUGGGGCGCAAGACGAGUGCCCGCACACCCUUCCACUGGAGCAGGCGCGGCAAGCAAAACUAGCAUAUACGGGCACAGUGUCUAACACAUCGUCCAACAUUGCCACGCGUGAAUCAGCUAGUACAGUCGGCGCGUGGGGCAUACCCCGAAGUGCGAACACAAUCGCACACCGCACUUCCAAUGUCAAGCUUGCCACCUGCAUGCUGAUCAGGGAAUCCCACGCUGGCGGAAGUCUGCCGUGCGCGGACGCCUGGCAAAACGCUUGCUGUCACCGCGCAUCAUAAGGAUGCAGCGUGGGGACGCAAAACUUGGCGGCGCGCACAAGGGGCCGGGUGUUCCCCGAGAGCAGUCAGCGAAACGUGGGGAGAGCCCCCCGCCGCGGGCGUGCGCCGAAGGGGCGUCCCGUCGCCCUGCCAGCGGGUGGCGUCGCUCGCCCCUCGCCGAUGCCUGCGCGGUGAGAGGCAGCCUGUCGGGAAGGCUACCGCCGAUGCCGCUGCCCUUCCUCGCCGUCGCGGCCCGAGUCGCCCCGAAAUUCUCGUCAGAAAGCACCCUCGAAGAGGGUGCCGCUCCGCGGCGCGCGGACGCGCGGGCGCGCCCCGCGGCGGGCGCGGGCGCGGCCGCCCUGCCGGACCACCAGGGGGGCGCCUAGUCCU